UAGCCUGGCGAGCAUUGCCGAACAGCCUUGUGAGGCGAUCUGUCUCAAGGGAUUCGCCAAAGCUCAUCACCAAAACAAGGCUUUGUCUUUUCAAUCCCUCCAUCUUUCAUUUCCAUUCACCAUCGACAAGAUGGACAUUCUUCAGCGGCUUGCCCAGUUUCUUGAUAGGCCUCUUUUCCCCUGGAAGAAGCUCAUCGUUGGCUUUUCAGUUGCACAAUACCUCUUCGAAGGUUUCCUUUCCUUGCGACAAUACCAAGUUCUCAAGCAGACUCGACCACCGAAGGUUCUACAGAGUGAAGUGUCCCAAGAAGUGUUCGAUAAAAGUCAAGCUUAUGGUCGAGCCAAAGCGAAAUACAGUCUCUUCAGCGGUCUCUACGGGCAAAUCCAAAACACUGCCUUCAUCUACUACGAUAUUCUGCCAAAGCUUUGGGCUUUGACUGGUUCAUGGCUCCUCAGAUAUGCUCCGGAACGGUUCUCGGGCGAAAUCUCACACUCAAUCGUCUUUAUCCUUACCUUCAUUGUCAUUCAACAGCUCAUGUCACUUCCGACAUCGAUAUACCAUACGUUUGUGUUGGAGGAAAAGUUUGGGUUCAACAAACAGACUCCUAAGCUAUUUGUCAUGGAUAUGUUGAAGUCGCAGAUGCUAGCAUUCAUCCUCGCACCUCCUAUCCUCGCUGGUUUCUUGGCCAUCGUUCAGAAGACUGGGAACAAGUUCUUUUAUUACCUCUGGUUGUUUGGAGCUGGUCUACAGGUUUUCAUGAUCACCAUCUACCCGAUUACGAUUCUGCCACUUUUCAAUAAACUUUCUCCUCUUCAACCCGGAGACUUGAAGGACGGUGUCGAAUCACUUGCUAAACGCCUCAAGUUUCCACUUCACGAAUUAUACGUUAUUGAUGGUAGCAAGAGAAGCGCUCACAGCAACGCCUAUUUCUUCGGCAUGCCAUGGAAAAAGCACAUUGUCAUCUAUGAUACCCUGAUUGAGAAGAGCGAAACUCAAGAAGUUGUAGCUGUUCUGGCACAUGAACUUGGUCACUGGAGUCUUGAUCACACCACUAGACUUUUUGGAAUUUCUCAGGCCCACUUCUUUUAUAUCUUUGCACUCUUCUCUGUAUUCAUCAACAACAGAUCCUUGUACGAGUCCUUCGGCUUCCACAAAGAAUUCCCAAUCAUAAUUGGAUUCAUUCUCUUCUCCGAUGCUCUUGCACCUAUGGAUACAGUAAUUAAAUUGUUGAUGAAUAUCCUCAGUCGAAGAUACGAAUUCCAAGCCGACGAAUUCGCGUUGAACUUGGGAUACAAGACAGAAUUGGCUCGCUCUCUGAUCAAGCUUCAGAUUCAGAAUCUGAGCACAAUGGAGGCCGAUUGGAUGUAUGCAAGCUACCACUUCUCACAUCCUAUCUUGUCUGAGAGACUUGGUGCCUUGGGCUGGUAUGGUGAUUCGAAGCCAGUCUCGGACGGGAAGGAUGAGAAGGUCGCGCAAGCUAGCGGUAGAGAAUUGUAGAUAAUAGACAAUACAAUAGCAAUGCGCUCAUACCCGGUCGUGUUGUCUGGAGGUGAUUUGUGCUGCUCAAGUCGCUGCCUUCUGCUUGCUCUGUGCCCGUAAUUUCUGUUCCUCCUUCAAUCUCUGUUUCUUCGCCUUGUUUCUCGCAGCUUUGUCGAGUGGUUUCUCGGGCUUCGCAACACCAUUUGUCUUCUUAUUUUUCUUCUUCUUUGGAGUCUUUACCACAGGGGCAUCCUCCUCAUCUUCUCCUUCAACCUCAUUUACUACUGCACGAUCGACCUCGAGAUCCGAAUCCUCUCCAUUCCUAACCACCACAUGAGGCCCGUCCUCAAUAUCCCCACCGUCGAUACUCUGUUCCCUCUGAUAAUCAUCCAAGUCCAUCCAGCCUUCUUCUUCUUCCUGUGCACCUUGACCCUGAUUAACACCGUCAUCCAUGCCCUCUGCCACAGGCACACUUUCCUCCAAAUCCAGCGU